UUUCACGGCAUGUUCUUGUUUCUAGCUACUAUACCAGGCGCUCCCUGCUUGGGAGGCAUCGAGAGUAUAUAUUGAUUCACUUCAAAUCAAUCUUUGCUCUCCCUCUAUGUUGUUCUUUAACUUAGAUUGCCAAAGGGCAAAUUACAAUAAAAAAAGACCACAACCGGCUGACCACAACACGACAUAAAAGAAUCUAAAAGCCGCCCAUUAAAUUGCUAGCCACAAUUACGAUCAGAUUACUUAAUCCCUGCCUAGUAAAUGCCAAUGCCACCACUAUUUAGGAGCCCCCAUUUCGCUGACAACAUCUGCAUCAGAACAACAAAAAUUAUACAACUUACAAGCAGGAAAGAAAAGAUAUGGAAUUUUCUUGCAAGGACUUCAAGGUAGGAAAAUGCCGAGGCCAAAAGCUGGUGGAUGGUGAAACCAUGCCAUUGGUUCUGCAACCCCCAGAGGCAGACAAGGCUGAUGUAGGGUCACUUGUGUUGGCUUUAAAGACAAACAAGGAUUGGUUCGAGAAAUUGAUCAUCAAAAACAGUGCAGUCCUCCUCCGAGGUUUCGAUGUCAAGGAUGCGCAAGACUUCAACGACAUCGUGGAAGCUUUUGGUUGGGAAGAUAUUCGUUAUGUUGGACCAGCACCUCGGACGCAUGUGUAUAAACGUGUUUGGACGGCUAAUGAAGGACCUCUCUCUGAGUUCAUAUAUUACCAUCAUGAAAUGGUUCUGAUAAAGGAAUUUCCAAAGAAAUUACUGCUAUUCUGCGAGGUGCCACCACCGGAAGGUGGGGAGACACCCUUCGUUCCUAGCUUUCGAGUAACAGAAAGGAUGCUAAAGGAGUUCCCAGAAGCUAUAGAGGAAAUAGAUGCCAAGGGGUUAAACUACACAUUCACAGCUCUCAGCAAGGAUGAUACAUCAUCAAUGAGGGGUCGAGGCUGGGAAGAUGCUUUUGGAACUUCGGACCGCGCAGAGGCUGAGAGAAGAGCCAAAGCACUGGGAAUGGACAUGGAGUGGCUACCAAAUGGUGGGGUGAAGACUAUACUGGGACCUCGUUCUCUAACAAAGGUGUUCGAGGGAAGAAAGGGGAGAAGAAUGUGGUUUAACACCGUAGUUGGUAUGCAUGGAAAAGAGCUUAGCUCAGCCUGUUUGGCAGACGGAACAGAGAUACCAGAAAAAGUAGUUAAGAGAUGUGAAGAGAUCAUUGAAGAAGAAAGCAUUCAAUUCAAGUGGGAGAAGGGUGAUGUUCUCUUCUUUGACAACUUGGCUUUGCUCCACGGACGGAGGCCUGCUAAGCCCCCAAGGAGAGUCCUCGUUGCCACUUGCAAGUAGUUUACCCUUUGCUUAAUAAAUGGUGUUUUGUCUAAUACUAUCCUUCCUCGUAACAACUUAUCCAAGACAUGUUAUAACUUACCAGGUUUGGUUUGCUUUGAUACCAUACAUCAAUACCAUAUCGAAUGGGGAAUCACUGUC